AUGUAUUCCACCCAGCCUAACGGCGCUGAGGGUGCGACCAUCAAUCCCGCAACUAUCAACCCUGCCGCUCUCAAUUCUGAGCUAUUGAAUCCAACCUCCCGAGGUAUUAAGCGAAGCCGUUCCCCGGAUUCUUAUCACGACGUGCCGACGACUGAUAACCCCGGAGAUGAUGGUGAUUCAAAGCAACCUAGAAAACGCGGCAGACCGAUGAAAUCGCGACUUGCCGGUGACCUCCUAGAAACAACAAAUCAAACCCCGAUUCCUCCCCCUCCCCCACCCACUCAAAUGUCGCAGUCAAUACCGCCGCAGACUCCUCAGUCUCAAAAUGCCUCGCUACCGGGCCAGCAAGGCAACUAUACCCCGGCCCAGGCGUCGCCCCCGCCGAAGACCACGCCCACUAAGACAACCUUGAAGGCAUUGCCAACUGUACGCGACCACACCACCGACCAGCUCGGUCCCGGUGGUGACGAAUACCUGCCGCGCGAAAUUGACGAGUCCGGCGAGAAGAAGGUCAUGUCUAACGGUCAACUUCUAGGGGGUCGUGAGUACCGAUGCCGAACUUUCCUCGUACCUAACCGCGGGGAUAAAUUGUUCAUGUUGGCGACGGAGUGCGCGAGGGUACUCGGAUACAGAGAUUCUUACUUGCUCUUCAACAAGAAUAGAUCCCUAUUCAAGAUUAUCGCAAACCAAGUAGAGAAGGAUGAUCUGGUUUCGCAGGAGAUACUUCCGUUCUCUUACAGAUCAAGGCAGAUAGCAAUUGUCACGGCGCGAUCGAUGUUCAGACAAUUUGGAAGCAGGGUCAUAGUCAACGGACGGAGAGUGCGCGAUGAUUACUGGGAGCAGAAGGCGAGGAAGCAAGGGUUUACUGAAGCCGACCUCGCGGGAGAAAAGCGCCCUGGCGCAUCUAAAGCUAGAGAAGCGGCGGCUGAGGCGAAUAACAACAUGGCACCACUUCCGGGAGGGCCUCACGGUGAGAUUGUAUAUGCGAAUACCCCCCAAUUUGCUGGUGCACCGCAACCGCUUGUUCAACCAGGUAUGAUGGGACCGCCAGGAAGCUCGACCAGAAUGCCCAUGAUAACAGUAGGACCAGAUCUGAACGAUACGAGGACUCGAGACUACAGCAAUUUCAUCAAGGGUGGCCCUCGACAGGAGAUUACCGGCUCGGCCUACCAGGACAGGACGCAAUCGAGUCCCAUCUCGGAAAUACACCAGCAGGCGCAUCAUGCUGCCGAAUUUAACCGAUCCGUCAACCAAGGACGCGAAAUGCGCUCUGAUUAUAUAAACAACCUGUGGCGGAGACCUCACGAGCAGCCGGCCACUAGCCAACCUGUUACCACCGAGGCACCCCUCCCCACGACGCGUCCCGGCCAGUCGCCCCAUACCGCGCCGGCAACUAUGCAUUCGUCCGGUAUCGUACAGAACCAGAGCCCGCAGAUGAUGAUGACCGCGCCCCCGUAUUCGCAGUCCAUUCACUCCCAGCAACCGAUGAAUCAGACUCCGAUGCGAGGAGUACCUCAACCGUCUUCUCAGAAGCAGCCGAGACCAUCCAACAUCCAACCGGGUGCCUCUAGUAAUAUGUCUCAAGGCACACCAGCGUACAACUACGGUUCUUCGAAUCAGAUGUGGGGACCUCAGACACCCCAGACGCCUCAGCACUAUCCCGGGUAUACGACCCAGUCGCAACCCUCGCCGCACCCUCAACAGUCGCCGGCUCCUCAGAUGCGUCACUCAGGAGGCACCCCCCAGAUGCAGCCUAGCACCAUGCAGUACCAUGGCAUGCCAGGCCUGAAUCAGGGCUAUCCCAACGCCGGACAAGGGAUGUAUCCUCCUGAGCAAACGCCCAGGCAAUUUAUGCCACAGAACCCGGGACCGGGCCCGGCAGUAACCUCCGCUUGGAAUAACCCGCAAACAUCGGCUGGCGGUGCCUGGUGGCCAAACCAACCUCAGUGA